ACCAACAGACAGAGGAACAGACAGUGGAGCAGAACAACCCCAGACCACAGACAGUGCAGCCAUGUCUCACCGGCAACAGAUCUGAACACAGAGAGGGUUUAUGCCUGGAUUAUCACUGCUACACACACACACUGACACAUACUCAUAAACACACACACUGACAGACACACACUGACAGACAGACACACACACACACACACUCACACACUCUGAAGGAGUCUGUGCUGCUGAGUAACUGGGUCUGGUGUGUAUGUUUCCUGGUGCAUCGGUGUGUGUACCAGUGUGUUGUAGCGCGGUGUUUGUCGGAGGACGGUGGUAUGGCGCGCUGGGAGAGCCAGUCGUGGAGUUGGUCGUUAAUGAUGUCUCUCCUCCUCUCUCUGUCUGCUCACGGAGACCUCUCAUUGACCACCGUCAGCAGGACGGAAGUCCAGCACAGCCAAUCAUCUUUCUCCGCUGUAGAAAGGGCGGUGCUUAUCGGUGAUGACUCAGCAGAGCUGAUUGGUUUAGGGUUAGGACUAGCGGCUGGACUUCCUCUCAGCGCCAUCAAACUCAAACCCUCUCACAGAAGACACUCCCACUUGGACUUCACUGAACAGGACGAUCAGCCAAUCAGAGAAGAGCUAACUGGCGGGGAAUCUCAGGAACGCUCAGAUGAUAUCAUCAAGGUGGAGUUCCAUAACCCCGACCGCCCCUUGACCCCUGACCUCUCGUCUGAUUCUGAUUGGCUGACGGCUGUAGUUCAGCCCCUACAGCAGCGGGCGGGAGACCCCACAGCCUGGACUCUGUCAGAUUUCUAUGACUACUUGUCCCCCGUUGAUGAACUCUCCACCAUAGACACAACCCUUGACCCUGAUCCGACCCUGACCCCUCUGGCAGACAUGGAGGAUGAAAACCAAUCGCUCACUGGCUCCCCUGUCCCCAAUGUUAACCCUGACAAUGAUGACCCCCAGCCACCCUCUCAGUCUCAGCCCCCCUCUCAGUCUCAAUCCCCCCCUCCUCCUUCCCCUCCUCAGGGGUCAGAUGGGUGUGGUCUGGGAUUUGUGAGGUCAGAGGUCGGGGGUGAGUGUGUGUCUCAGUGUGACGCACAGCCUGAGUUCUGCUACAACAGAGGAGUCUGUACCAUCGCUACUGGAAUAGGAGCAUUCUGCAGAUGUAAUGUUCAGGACUAUAUGUGGAACAAGGGCUCUCGUUGUGAUUGGGUGGUGACAGACUUCCAGGUGCUGUGUGUGGUAGUGGGUGUGGCCUCUGUGACCCUCAUCCUACUCAUCAUCAUCAUCGUCUUCUUCGCCAAACGACUCCACCGCCUGAGGAUUGAGAACAGGCGACUCCGCAAACGCAGUAUAUACCGUCCACACAGCGAGAUGCAGACUGAUGGCUUCUCUGUUUCCACGGCGCAAGAUGGUUCCCAUGCCAACGUAAGGAAGUUGUGUGACUCCCCCCCGUCCCCCCCUCAACCCCACGCUCACAAUCUGGCUUACUAUGACAACAUUAUCUGUCAGGAUGACCCUCAGAAAAUGGAGGACCCUGUAAAGUCUCAAUUCACUCAAGGGGAGGAGUCUCUGAACAUCGCCAACUCUCAUUCGCCCAAACAUAUUAACAACCGCCCUGCACACUCCUCUGACCACACCCCUAACGCAGACCAGGAGCAGGAUGGAGUCACCAUUGGUCUACAGUUGCUACUCCCUAAAGAGGCUAAGCUCCGCCCCGAGGCCAGCCCCCCUCUGCACUACAACGUCUUCCUCUACAAGAAGGGGACUGGUCCCUCUACUACUACCAGUAAUACUACCACCACUAACUACACCAGCCACAGCAUGGCUACUGCUUGGAACCACUCUGAGCCUAACAUACGGCCCAAUAGUAACUCCAAUAAGACUUCCUGGAACUAUACCAAUAACUCUAACCCUAACAUGAACUAUAACCCCAUUAAAGACUCACAGGUCUCUCAGAAUCACGUUACUCCUCAUCAUCAAUCUCACACCUCCCCCCAUCGUCACUCCUACCCCUCCUCCCCCCAUUACAGCUCCCUCCGUUUUACCUCUCCUCAGAGAACGCCUGUCUCCCCUCAUCAUGCUUCACACCAUUACCAGUCCUCCCCCUCCUCACCCCAUCAUAGCGCCUUCCAAUAUCCUUCCACCCACCACCAUAGUGCUGCCUCCCCUUCCUCCUCCCAUCACCUGCCCUAUCAGCCCUCUUCCCCCCCGCUUCCUACACCCAGGGGUCACUCCAGAGCCCCCCACUCAGACAAACCUCACCCCCAAGUCACUCUACAUCCCUCCCCCUCCUCACCCAUCCUCCGCUAUCCCUCCCCACCAUCCUCCCCCCACCUCUCCCACCCUAUCAGCACCUACUCACUGUCUUAAUCCUAACCUCGGAAUGCAACCAUACCAUACCCACAUCCCAACCAUAGUCUAACUAUACCGCAAACAGCUAACCCUGACUACCUCCCAAUCAUAGUCUAACUAUACCGUAAACAGCUAACCCUGACUACAUCCCAAUCAUAGUCUAACUAUACCGUAAACAGCUAACCCUGACUACAUCCCAAUCAUAGUCUAACUAUACCGUAAACAGCUAACCCUGACUACAUCCCAACCAUAGUCUAACUAUACCGUAAACAGCUAACCCUGACUACAUCCCAAUCAUAGUCUAACUAUACCGUAAACAGCUAACCCUGACUACAUCCCAACCAUAGUCUAACUAUACCGUAAACAGCUAACCCUGACUACAUCCCAACCAUUGUCUAACCAUACCCUAGACCCGACUACCUCCCAAUCAUAGUCUAACCAUACCCUAGACCUGACUACAUCCCAAUCAUAGUCUAACUAUACCGUAAACAGCUAACCCUGACUACAUCCCAAUCAUAGUCUAACUAUACCGUAAACAGCUAACCCUGACUACAUCCCAAUCAUAGUCUAACCAUACCAUAGACCUGACUACAUCCCAACCAUAGUCUAACUAUACCGUAAACAGCUAACCCUGACUACCUCCCAAUCAUAGUCUAACCAUACCCUAGACCUGACUACCUCCCAAUCAUAGUCUAACCAUACCCUAGACCUGACUACCUCCCAAUCAUUGUCUAACCAUACCCUAGACCUGACUACCUCCCAAUCAUAGUCUAACCAUACCCUAGACCUGACUACCUCCCAACCAUAGUCUAACUAUACCCUAGACCUGACUACAUCCCAAUCAUAGUCUAACUAUACCCUAGACCUGACUACAUCCCAAUCAUAGUCUAACCACACCCUAGACCUGACUACAUCCCAAUCAUAGUCUAACCAUACCCUAGACCUGACUACAUCCCAAUCAUAGUCUAACUAUACCGUAAACAGCUAACCCUGACUACAUCCCAAUCAUAGUCUAACUAUACCCUAGACCUGACUACCUCCCAAUCAUAGACUAACCACACCCUAGACCUGACCACAUCAAUGACACCCAGACCAAAAUCAAGACCCCACGUCCAGGGGACACUUUCUCCUAACGAUGGUGCCAAUACAAGAGAAAUCUAUCUAUGCAUCAGUGUGGUGCUACUAAGGUACUUAUUCAGGUUUAUUCAUGUCUUAACUGUUUAUGGAGCGUUAUUAACAUGUUACUAGGCUUACCAAUGUUAUAUUACAGCAAUGUUCCUGUUUUUAAAAUGGUUUAUUCUUUGUGUUCAUGUUUUUCAUUUUGAUAACUUAUUUUGGUCUAAAAUAAAGUGCUUUACAAC